AUGGGAGAAAUCAAUGGAAAUGCGGUGGAAAGACGAGAAAAAGAGCACCGAAUCGAUUUAUGGCGGAGAUGUGCAUCAGUGGGUGUGCUCACUCUGCUACACGCUAUGACAUUCGCUGAUCGAUUCUCGGUGGCCGGUGCCCUUGCACCACUCGUCGACUUUUACAGCAUAAACAACACUGAGGCGGGUUUGAUUCAAACGCUUUUCCUUGCGGCCACGAUUCUCGGCGCUCCGAUUACUGGCUUCUUCGGAGAUCGAUAUAAUAGAAAAUGGAUUAUGUCAAUGGGCGUCGUUGUGUGGAUCGGUGUGAUGAUUGCCUCGUCGUUUAUCCCCAAAAAUAUGUUUUGGCUUUUCCUUUUACUUCGUUGUGUCGACGGAUUGUCGGAGAAUUUCGUCUACGCUUGUGCUCCGUCGAUGAUCGCCGAUUAUUUCUCGGGCCAGGCUCGCAGCUAUGCCUACAUGUUUUUCUACUAUGCGAUCAAUGUGGGAGCCGCUUUUGGAGUCAUGGUCGGCUCGGCAAUCGCCGACUCGACAACCGAAUGGCAAUGGGCGUUGAGAUUUGUGCCUGGCAUCACGAUCGUCGGCUGGAUUGGCCUAAUUGUGAUCGUGCAAGAGCCAAAACGCGAGUCCGAGCAACACCCGAGUGACGUCACCUCGAAAAAGUCGUCUUUCUUCAAUGACGUUCGAUAUUUGGUGACAAUAAAAACCUUCAUCCUGCAGUGCUUCGGGGCCGCAUUCAUCAAUUUUACAACAGGCGCUCAGGGCUGGUGGAACUCGGCGAUCAUCUAUUAUGCGAUCGAUUACAAGAAAAAUGUCUCCACCGCCGCGUUCAACUCGAUUUUCCACCAUAACGAGUAUAAAACCAUCCAAUUGGUCACUGGCUUUAUCGGAAUCGGAUCCACAAUCUCUGGUGUCUCUUUUGUUGUCUAUUGGGCUGAGAGUUGGCGUAACGGAAAGGGGAUCUUCAAGCGGAUACAGACUGUUCGCGCACCGGCACUCGUCAUCGCCAUUUGCCUCUGCUUGGCUGCUCCUUGUUCUUGUAUCACACAGCUCUUCGUGCUUUGGAAUAUCUAUGGAUAUUAUGCCACCCAAUUCGUCGGCGGCUUCUUUAUGGGCGCCGCCUGGGUGCUCAACUUGGACGUACUGUAUAGCACGACCUCCUCAAGUCGCCGCGCCACGUCGAUCAUGAUGUGGACCCUUGUGCAGCACUUGCUCGGAGAUGGACCUUCACCGUAUAUAGCUGGAUCAAUUGCUGACUCAUUCCGCGGGAAAGACGACAGUUCGUACGGGGAAAUGUGGGCGCUGAUUAAGUCAUUUUUCAUCAUCAAUUCAAUGACGAUUCCCGCGGCGCUUAUCCAUUUCGUCAUUGCCUGGUCGAUGAAGAGUGAUUUGGAGAGGAAUCGAGUGGAGGAGAAAAGGAUCGAAACUGAAAAACAAUGGGGUCCCGAUGAAGAGCAAAUCAAAACGAUUAUCAGGGAUUUAGAUGUGGUUCAUUCGAUGCAA